AUGAUCCCAUCCGAGCCCUUGCCCCCCGCGGCGGCGGCGGCCCCCGGGCCGUGGCGCUCCACGCGGAAGCGGAGGAAAUCCAGAGCUGCCAUGGAGGCCGAGGAGGACGCCGAGGCGGAGGCAGAGCUCGAGCGCGAGAUGCCGCGCGGCAAGCGCCGGCGCGGGGCCGCCCGCAGGAGAGCGGCCGAGGUGAAACGGCCUGUGGGUGUGGACAAGCCGCAGGGGGUGGCGGCGGCGGCAGAGACGCCGCGGGUGAUGGAGGCGGGCCGCAGGGCGAUCGGCGAGGACAAUGCCUGCGCCGAGGAGCCGGACGCGGCGGACAUGUCCCGCGCCACCUGGCGGCGGCGGCGCAAAGCGGCCGCCUUGAUGGAGGCCGAUGCGGACGCGGGGCACGAGUCGCGCGGCAAGCGCCGGCGCGGAGCGGCGUGGACGGCCUGCAGGAAGAGAGCGGCCAAGGACAAGCCGGAGGAGCCUGUGCGGGUGCGCGUGGCGGAGGUUCCGGGGACGAUGGAGGUGGGCGACGACGACAUGUGCGCCGAGGAGCCUGACGCCGAAGAGUUUCUGACGGAGGAGGAGGAGGAGGCCGCGCUCGAAGCAGAGGAGCAGGCCAUGUGUGGAGAACGGUCCGCGGGCGCGAGGCCGAGGGCAGCGGAAAGAAGGGCGGUGGACGACGGCGCCUCAUCGGAGGACCACUUCGUGGGCGAGCCGGUGCCGGACGAGGAGGCGCGGCGUCGGUGGCCGGCGAGGUACAGAACCAAGGAUUCUGGAGAUUCACAGGCCUGGCGCAGGCGGUCUGACGGGGAGAUCACUGAAACUCUUGCCCGAUGCCACUACCGAACAGCUUGUGUGGAUGGCGUCAACUUUGAUAUCGGCGAUGAUGUGUAUCUGAAGGCUGGUCCCGGUGAGGAAAACUACAUUGCCCGGAUUACAGAGUUUUUUGAAGGAUUGGAUCAGGGAUCAUAUUUCGCCGCUCAUUGGUUUUACCGUGUGGCAGAUACGGUUAUCUCACUGCAGCUGGUGGAGGUUGAAGAUCAUAAACAUGAUCAUAAGCGCAUUUUCCUUUCAGAUCAUAAGGAUGAUAACACGAUCGACUCAAUAAUCUCUAAAGUUAAUGUCAUUUAUGUUGACCCAAAUAUGACACUUGAAGCAAAAUCAAAGAUUAUAGAGGAGUCAGAUUUCUAUUAUGACAUGUCCUAUUCGCUGGCAUGUUCCACCUUUGCAAAUAUGCCAGCAGAUAUUGGUAUUGCAACAGGUAGUGAAGCAACAUCAGAUAUUUCUAGUGAUGAUGUUGAUUCUUCUAAGGAGAAACCAAAUGAUGACCUUGUGUCACCACCUGAUGCUCAAAUCAAAACGGCAGCACUGCUGGAUCUUUACUCAGGAUGCGGUGCCAUGUCAACCGGGCUUUGCCUAGGUGCUGCAUUAUCUGGCAUAAAGCUGAUUACACGAUGGGCUGUAGAUCUGAACACUCAUGCUUGCAGUAGUCUAAAGCACAACCACCCAUUCACACAGGUACGAAAUGAGAAGGCCGAGAAUUUUCUUUCUCUCAUUCGGGAGUGGAAUACACUUUGCAAAAAGUUUGACGUCCAUAAAAGCAUUUCUUUGAGCUCUGAUCUACCACGGACUUCGAAUGAAAAUGAAGAAUAUGGAAAUGAACCUCUCCUGAAGGGUACAUUUGAGGUAGAGAGACUUAUUGAUAUAUGCUACGGUGAUCCAAAUAGCAUAGGAAAAGUUGGUUUGUGGUUUAAGGUGCGAUGGAGAACAUUUGAUCGUAGUGAGGAUACAUGGGAGCCAGUUGGUGGCCUUAGCGAUUCCCCUGACUGUAUUAAAGAAUUUGUUCAAAAUGGAUACAGGGAAUCCAUUUUACCCUUGCCUGUACUCCCCAAGUACCCUCUCCCCACCCAUGAUGUGGUUAAGCGCGGGUUAGUGCCAAGAGCAUUUAUGCAUUGUCUGGUUGCAUAUAAGGAAAAUGAAUAUAGACACUUGGAAAAAGCUCUUGUCCUUGGAGAUGCAAUAUCUGACUUACCCAAGGUUGGGAAUCAUCAACCCAAUGAUGUGAUGGAGUAUUCUAUUAAACCAAAAACAGAAUUCCAACACUAUAUCCGGCUCAACCGUCAAGACAUGAAAGAUUACUCACAUGGAGAUGCUACUCCUAAGGAAGGGCAGCUAUUUGAUCAUCAACCACUACAAUUAAAUAGAGAUGAUUAUGAACGAGGGGCCAACUUCCGUGAUUUGAAAGGUGUCCGGGUUCCUAGCUAUGCCAUGACCUUUAGCAAGGGGAAGUCACUGAAACCUUUUGGCCGACUGUGGUGGGAUGAAACAGUUGCAACUGUUGUCACUAGAGCUGAGCCUCACAACCAAAUUAUUUUGCAUCCCACACAGCACCGAGUUCUGACCAUCCGAGAAAAUGCAAGGCUGCAAGGUUUCCCAGACUACUACAGGCUGCUUGGCCCUAUAAAACAGAAAUAUAUUCAAGUUGGGAAUGCAGUUGCCGUCCCAGUGGCUAGAGCUCUAGGGUAUUCACUUGGACUGGCUUACCAGGGUAAAUUCCACGGGGACCAGCCCCUCUUCAAGCUUCCUGGGAACUUUAUUCCUAUUGAUCAUGCAACAGAUGGUACUGUCAAAACAGAAUGUCCACGGGCAGUUGAGCGGUACCCUGCUGAUUCAACACUGCCUAUAGUUGAACUGAACUAUGCUGACGCAGCUCUGUAUUCUGAGUUUCUGACGGGGCUUUUUCCAUCUGCAAAUGACUAA